UUUGCCGACAACGUUCCAAAAACAUUUCCGUGCGAUCAGCUGUUUCGCGUCCGAUUUGUUAUUUGUUGUAUUUUUGCGAACGGAAUGGCGUCCCGCGCCUUACUGCAACAGUGUGCGAGUGGAAUUAGCAAGAGCAGUCCUGGAUUGAGCAGGUUAUUUUCAAGCAAAGCCUCAGACGUAGAGAAAAAACCUGACUUGGCGCAGCGCAAGAAUUUCCAGGAGAUGAUACAGACGCCAGAGAAGGCCAAAUAUCUGCAAGCCUUAAAGAGCACAAUUACCGUAACCGAGGAGGACGUUGGUUACGUAUCCGGUGUUCCCGAGGAGCAUAUCAAGACGCGCAGAGUACGGAUUUAUCAACCUGCCAAGAGCGCCAUGCAAUCAGGAACAAAUAACAUUCACUUUUGGCAAAUGGACUUUGAUACGCGCGAACGCUGGGAGAAUCCAUUGAUGGGAUGGACCUCUAGUGGAGAUCCCAUGUCAAAUAUCAAAGUAGAUUUUGCGACAAAGGAGGAGGCAAUCGCGCACUGCGAGAAGAUGGGAUGGGAGUACUAUGUGCAAAAGCCGAAUGUUAAUCAGCCGAAACCUCGUAGUUACGGGAGUAAUUUCUCCUGGAAUAAACGUACCAGAGUUUCGACCAAGUAAUCCGUAAACUCCUUCAAGCUAAUCACUCGUAAUUUUGUACACGACGAGUGCAUGCGGUAAUAAUAGUCAUAAAACAAUCUUGAGAUAAAUAUGUAUCAUAAAGCAAAUAAAUGUAUAUAUAUAUUUAGUGCAAUGUA